UCCUCCUUGUGGCGGUCGGUUUGCCUUGUUUCGGGUCAGGUUUGGAGAAGGAAAUGACUACCCACUCCAGUAUUCUUGCCUGGAGAAUCCCAUGGGCAGAGGAGCCUGGCAGGCCAUGGUCCAUAGGGUCGCAGAGAGUCGGACACGACUGAAGCGACUAAGCACGCACUCACGCAGGUCAGAUUGCCAGCUUAGAAUUUCAGAGCCAGGGGUCCUAAAAAAGAAGGAGCCGGAGGCUUCUACAGAGGCCGGUCCAAUAUUUGGAGGCGGCACACCUCGUGAAAGUGAAAGUCGUUCAGUCGUGUUCGACUCUUUGCGACCCCAUGGACUCUAUAGUCCAUGGAAUUCUCCAGGCCAGAAUACUGGAGUGGGUAGCCGUUCCCUUCUCCGGGGGAUCUUCCCAACCCAAGGAUGGAACCCAGGUCUCCCACAUUGCAGGCCGGAUUCUUUACCAGCUGAGCCACCAGGCGGCGUACCUCGGGGCGACCCAAAACAGGCAGAGAUCCAGAUCUCUGCGCCUUACAGAAUCCGCUCCAUCCAGAGUCCGAUGGCGGCGGCGGCGACGCUGUGGGACCCACCACAGUUCCCACAUUGCAGGCCGGAUUCUUUACCAGCUGAGCCACCAGGCGGCGUACCUCGGGGCAACCCAAAACAGUCAAGAGAUCCAGGUCUCUGCGCCUUACAGACUCUGCUCCAUCCAGAGUCCGAUGGCAGUGGUGACGACGCUAAGGGACCCACCACAGGGUGUGAAAUUUAAGGAUGUGGCCAUUGACUUCUCCGAGGAGGAGUGGGGGCUCCUGGAUGAGGCUCAGAGACUCCUGUACUACAGUGUGAUGCUGGAAAACUUUGCACUUGUAGCAUCCCUGGGUUGUUGGCAUGGAACAGAAGAUGAGGAGGCCCCUUCUGAGCAGAGUUUAUCUGUAGAAGCAGAGUCACAGGUCAGGGUUUCUAAGGCAGGUCUAUCCACCUGGAAGAUCCACCCCUGUGAGAUGUGUGUCCCCAUUUUAAAAGAUACUUUGCACCAAGCUGAGCACCGAACAAUAUACUGUUUUAGGAAACCAGACUGGGGUGGUACAUGUUUGAGACACUUCUGUUCCAGUGCAGACUUUCACUGGCAGCAGAGGGAUGACAGUGGAGAGAAGCCCUGGGAAAGAGAUGUGGAGAGGGUCUCAUUUGUGAGGAGCUGCAACCUCUUUGUGUCAGGGAAGCCUUUCACCAGUAGGGAAGUUGUGGAGGACUGCCCAGCCACCUUGAGCCUUCUCCAGCACCAGGCCACAAGCAACAAUGAGGAAUCACAGACUGGCAGAAAGGGUGAGCAGGCCUUUCACAGUGAAAAAAGUCAUUACAAGUGGGGUGAAUGUGAAAAAGUUGACAGCCACAACCACAAUCUUGUUCAAGAUCAAAGCGUCUGCUCUAAAGAAGGACUUUAUCAAUGUAACAAAUGUAGUAAAGGCUUCAACUGCAACUACAGACUUAUUCAGCACCAGCAAAUUCACACUGGACAAAGGCCAGGUGAGUGUGGUGAAUGUGGGAAAUUCUUUAGCCAAAUCUCUGGCCUUGUUAAACACCAGAGAAUUCACAGUGGUACAAAGCCUUCUGGAUGCAGAGAAUGUGGAAGAUUAUUUACCCACAACUUUAGUCUUACAAAACACCAGAGAAUUCACACUGGAGAAAGGACUUGUGAAUGCAGAAAAGUCUUCAGUCACAAAUCCAAACUCAUUUACCAACAGACACAACUUACUGGAGGAAUUCAUUUUAAAUGUGGUGAAUGUAGGAAAUUCUUUAGCUACAAAUCCAAGCUCAUUGAACACCAGAGAGUUCACACUAAAGAAAGACGUUAUGAAUGCACCAAAUGUGGGAAGACUUUUAGACACAGCUCUAGCCUUUUCCGGCACCAAAGAGUUCACACUGGAGAAAGGCCUUAUGAAUGCAGUGAAUGUGGGAAAUCUUUUGGCUACAAAUAUGACCUCAUUCAACACCAGAGAAUUCACAAUGGAGAAAGGCCUUAUGUGUGCAGUGAAUGUGGAAAGUCUUUUAGAAAGUUGUCUAACCUCAUUCGUCACCGGAGUGUUCAUACUGGUGAAAGACCUUAUGAGUGCAAUGUUUGUGGAAAAUCCUUUAGUCGCAGAUUUGUCUUCAUUGAACAUCAGAGAGUUCACACGGGAGAAAGACCUUUUGAGUGCACUGAAUGUGGAAAAGCCUUUACCCGAAAAUCUGAGCUCAUUCAACAUCAGAGAAUUCAUUCUGGCACAAGACCUUAUGAGUGCACUGAAUGUAGAAAAUGUUUUAGACAACACUCUGGCCUUAUUCACCACCAGAGAAUUCAUUCUGGAGAGAAGCCACAUGAGUGUAAUGAAUGUGGAGAAUCCUUUAGCCAAAAUGCUAGCCUUAUUCAACAUCAGAGAGUCCAUACUGGAGAAAAGCCAUAUGAGUGUAACGAAUGUGGAAAAUCCUUUACCCGAAGUGAUAUUCUCAUUCAACACCAGAGAGGUCACACUGGUGAGAGGCCUUAUGAGUGCAGUGAAUGUGAAAAAUCCUUUAGCUGGAAAUCUAGCCUCCUUAGACACCAGAGAGUUCACACUGGAGAAAGACCUUAUGAGUGUAGUGAAUGUGAGAAACCCUUUAGCUGCAAAUCUAACCUCCUUAGACACCAGAGAGUUCACACUGGAGAAAAGUCUUAAAUGUUCAGGGAAUGUUUUAUUUCCUCACUCAGGAUAACAACACUGGAGGAGACUGUGUGAGAGCCAUUUACCUGAAUUUAAACCUCUCUAAUUCAAGCAUACAUCAUGCAAGAUUCCACAUAAGUUUCAGUUACAUCUGCAACUUUAAGGAAAUGCAUUGUACUUUCUAACCUGCCCAGAGCUGUUAGAUUUAUGUCACACUCAGUUUCUGACUGAAGACAUUUCACCUCUCUACAUCAGUCACCACUCCAACAGUCUCAAGAAAACUGACCUCUGUGUUCUCACAUUUGCUUAAGGAAGUUAUAAAUAGCCCAGGCCCUUAGCCAGAUCUCCAUUCCUUUCUGUCUGAUUUUUCAGGGAAUGGACCUGACCCAGUUUUGGUUCAAAGGACCUAUACUCAGCUUUCUAAGAAGAACUACCUUUUUCAGGGACAUUAUUAUUCUCAUGUCAUACUAGUGAUGAAUUUUUCCAAGUUCUAAUUUACUAACCUGGGAACUGCUUGCUGCACAUUGCUCUGGUUUGUGAUCUUUUGUAAAGGCCCGCUCUUGCAACUUUAAUUUUGGCAGGUCUAUUCUCUCAUCCACAGGGGUUUGGAAGCAGAAUUGUGAUAGAUGAGAAUGUAGGAGUGAACAGAUUUUGUGGGAAUCCCAAACUUUCUGGGCUUUCUGGGACCUUAUGGCAGGAAAUAAAUAGCUCUUUGUCCAGCUGUGGUCUAAUUUGCAUUGCUCCCCAAGGCCUUGCAAGAAAGACUGCAGGGUCUUGUGGUCCUAAUUGGUGGACUGCUGCCAGGAUUUUUGGAGAGGUCGGAAGUUACCCUAAAGAGGAGGCCUUUGUUUUGAGGACCCCCAGUGCUUCUGUGAGCAACGUGAAAAUUUUAUUCCCUUGUUUACAUACUUCCUAGUCCCACUGAGGGGAGCUUUUUCCCAGGUUCUGUGCCAUGAUAUACAAAUUUUCAUAGGCUAGUGUCAUUUAUUGUUAGACUGUAAGGAUCAGGUAGAGUCAUUAUUGGUGUUACUCAGCCAAACUCAAGUUCACUUGCCCAGGUGUAGCACAGCCAGUCUGCUGACUCCAGGUUGUGGUGAAGUGAAGCAUAGCAUUUAUUGCAGGGGACUGAGCGAGGAGAGGGCUUCCCAGGGGGCUCAGUGGUAAAGAAUCCACCUGCAAUGCAGGAGACGCAGAUUCAAUUCCUAGAGCUGGAAAUUCUCCUGCCUGGAGAAUACCAUGGACAGAGGAGCCUGGUGGGAUACAGUCCAUAGAGUUGCAAAGAGGCAGACAUGACUGAAGGGACUGAGCACGCAUAUACAGAAGGAAGGAGAAUAGGCAGCUAAUGUUCAAAAGACCUGAACUCCCCAGUGGAUUUCAGGGAAGAAUUUUUAAAGGCAACAUCUGGUUUGAGUGUUGCUGCUCAUGGACUUUCUUCUGAUUGCUUAGUAUUGAGUUAACAGGGUGAUGUUUCAGUUUUCUGAAUCAUCAACCUGCUAGUUUCAACCAGGCUGGGGUCUGUGUGCUUGUGGUCAGCAUGUAGUCAUCAUCUUCCACCUGGGUGGGGGUCUUCAUUUCUACAGAACAGCUCAAAGGUAUGUGUCGGAUUGUUCUGUGUAUCCCUUGAGGAGGAACUAGGACUCUGCUUUAUUGCUGAGCUGUUGUUUACGAUGGGCCUCCCAGGGGGCUCAGUGGUAAGGAAUCCACCUGCCAAGCAGGAGACGUGGGUUUGAUCCCUGGGUCGGGAAGAUCCCCUGGAGAAGGAAAUGGCAACCCACUCCAGUAUUCCUGACUGGAGAAUUUCGUGGACAGCAGAGCCUGGUGGCUACAGUCCAUGGGGCCGCAAAAGAGUCAGACGGGACUUGGAGACUAAACAGCAGCAAUGGCAGCAUUGUUUAAGCUGUCAUUUCUUUUCUUUCUUGACUGCUUUUCCUUCGUUUCUAUAUUCCCUCACUUCCUUAAUUAGGAGCUGCUUGAAUCUGUUCUUUGGAACUCAGGGAAAGCCUUGGAAACUAAAGCCUUUUUCUAUCAAUACUAACAAACAAGGGACAUGGAGGAACGUUUAUGCCCAGGAGGACCCACGGAGUCCUGCUUUUAUUUGAUAGUCCUCAAUCCUGAGUGGAAUGGGGACAGGACAAGAAAAGGAAUACAAUUUUGAGUAGAGAUGUUAACCAUAAAUUUGGCAGGGGACUCAGUUUUAAAGGGGGCUGGUUUCAUUGGUGCAGAAGCACUAGAUUAUUAGGGGGUUGAGAAAACUGCAGUAAAUUAGACAGAAUAUGCCUCUUCUGAAAGUUUGUCCACUAAUGUUCCAGUGACCAUAUACUAUGGGAUCAAUGUGUAAGAAAUUCUUGGGACCUCUGUAACUGUGUUUCCUAUAGGUGAGCUUUGUGGGCUUCUAUAGCAUUUCUGUGCUGUUCCCUCAAGGCCACUGCUCUACUGGUAGGAAAACAAAGAUAGAAGGGCAAUCCUGUAGUCCAAGGAUAUGUCUUUUGUGACCCAGCCAGCAGUUCUGUUGAUUCAAGUGGCAAUAUUGCUUGCCAAUAUUUGCUGCCACUGAGGCAAGGCUGCUUCCCAGGGCAUAAGGAGAGGUUGUAGAGACCAAACAGGGUUCCCAACCUAAUUAACCAGGAGAAGUGGGACAUCUAGGCUUUUAUUUGGAACCACUUUUUAAGGCUUUAUGAAGAUUUAGCAAAGGGUAAGGUAACCCUUGAACAACAUGGAUUGUGUAACUGACAUACUACAAAGUGCACUUACCUAAUGGGUAUGAUUUGAUCAACUUUCACAUUUGUGUAAAGCUGUGAAACCAUCAUCACAAUCAUGAAAGUUAACUUAACUCUCACAUAUUUACCUCAUGCCCUUUUUGAAUUUCAUUCCCUAUUCUCCUCAGCCCUACAGAUAAUCAUUGAUUCAUUUACUUAUUUUCCUUUAUAAUAGGUUAGUUUGUUAUUUCUGUAAUUUUAAAUAGGCAUCAUAAGAUGUAUAUCCUUUUUUAAAAACUGAUUUACUUCAUGCUCCAUGAUUAUCUUGCGAUUCAACAAUGAUGCUUAUAUGAGUAAUUUUUUUUUUUUUAAUUGCUGAGUAGUCUUCUGUUCUUUGGAUAACCACCUUAUUUAUCCAUUCAUCUGUGUAUGGACAUUGGGUUAUUUCCAGAUUUGGGGUAUUACAAAUAAAACUGCUUUAAAUACUUGCAUUUGUUCUUUGUAAGAAUAUGUUGUAUUUCCCAGACUGUUACUUGUGUAGGUAGAUGUUUAACAUUUUAACACCUGCCCAUCUCUGAUCUAAAGCGUUCGUUCCCUUUUGUCUUCCUACCGACUGUGUGAGAAUUGCAGUUCCUGUACAACGUAGCCAAGGCUUGAUAUAGUUGAUAUUUUAAAAUUUUAGGCCUUAAAAUGAGUGUGUGGUUGUAGCUCUUUGGUUUUAUUUCCAUUUUCCUAAGAAUUCAUGAUGUUGGGCAUUUUUUCAUGCAUUUAUUUGCCCUCUGUUUAUUUUCUUUGGUAAAAAGACUACUUAUAACUUUU